CGGCUGGCAGCGGCGGGAGCCGGCUGGCUCGUAGGAGGCGCCGCAGCCCCAGCCCGCCCGGCUCAGUGAUCUGCGGGGCCCCGCUCUGCCCUGCUCCCCUGUGCUCCGUUCCGCACCGAGGGGCCGCCGCGUGGAGAGGUCCCGGAGAGUUUGCCCCGGAGCGCGGGCAAGUUUCUUCCUCAGUGCGCUCAGCUGGAGCUGUACCUGCAGGGCGCCUGGGACUGAUGCCAAGGUUACUUUGAGGAAUGGGCCUCAAGAGACCAAGAAAAGAUUGAAACUCCAUGGAGCAAUAACCAUGUAGCCUUUGCAUUCGGACAUGAAGAGAAACACAGCCAUCUGAAGUGGUCAUGAACCCCAAACAAGUCUUCCUUUCUGUCCUGCUCUUUGGGACAGCAGGGCUUCUACUCUUCAUGUAUCUGCAAGUCUGGAUUGAAGAACAGCACUCAGGGAGAAUAGAGAAGAAAAGAGAACAAAAAGGAACAUCAGAAUGGUGGCCAGUAAAGUCCUUGAAGCAUGUGUCCAGAAUGGUGACUACAGGGAAAAUCCAAGAACACAUCACCAAUCAGAUCUCUGAAGUACACAUGCCUGAGGACCUAAAGAAGGAAAGGGGAAAUCUGUUCAACAUGGGGAGACCCACAAGAGUUUUAAGGAAGAGUAGCUAUUCACAAGGGGAAGAUGAAGCUCCCCGGUCAUCAACAGAUAACUCAAUAGAAACACAUCAAAAAGCCAAGCCUCGAGUCCUUCAGAAGCCUACCGAGAUGAAUUGGCCACUGGUCACUCGGCCCUUAAACAAAAGUUCAGUCCAAGGCAACAAAUGGAAGAAACCAGCUGCAACCCAAGAGAAACGAAGGUCCUUACUUCAUGAGUUUUGCAAGAAAUAUGGUGGAGUAAAGGAUUCCCAGUCAAAUCUUUUUCGUAUGGUAUCCAGGAUCUAUGUAGAAGACAAACACAAAAUCCUAUACUGUGAAGUACCAAAGGCUGGCUGCUCUAAUUGGAAAAGGGUGCUGAUGGUCCUAAAUGGGUUGGCUUCCUCUGCACUCAAUAUUUCCCAUGACACUGUGCACUAUGGAAAGCAUCUGAAAACAUUAGAUAGCUUUGACUUAAAAGGAGUGUACAUGCGUUUGAAUACCUAUACCAAAGCUGUGUUUGUUCGUGAUCCCAUGGAAAGACUAGUGUCAGCAUUUAGGGAUAAAUUUGAGCAUCCCAAUAGUUACUACCAUCCAGUGUUUGGAAAGGCAAUUAUAAAGAAAUACCGACCAGAUGCCAGGGAAGAAGCAUUAAAUAAUGGGUCCGGAGUCAAAUUCAAAGAAUUUGUCUACUAUCUGCUGGAUGCUCACCGUCCAGUAGGGAUGGAUAUUCACUGGGAAAGGGUCAGCAAACUGUGUUAUCCAUGUUUGAUCAACUACGACUUUAUAGGGAAGUUUGAAACAUUAGAAGAAGAUGCCAGUUACUUUCUCCAGCUAAUUGGUGCCCCAACAGAGCUGAAGUUUCCAACCUUCAAGGAUCGGCACUCCUCUGAUGAAAGAACCAGUGCCCACAUGGUAAGACACUACUUAAAGGACCUGAGUCAGGAGGAGAGGCAGCGCAUCUAUGACUUCUACCACUUGGACUAUUUGAUGUUUAACUACACAGCUCCACAUUUGUAAUCUGCAUUCAUUUUCUAAAGCCCUACAUUGACUUAAUGAUGAUGGCCUCAAAUCAACUACUGUAAUUUUCCUACAAUUCUCUGUAUGGGGGAAAUUUAACUAAGUGGAGUUGUCUUGAUUGAAAGAAGAUUUUUUUAACCAAAGAGUAUGACAGCAAUUGGCACAAAGUUAUUGGAAAAUCAUCUCAAGGAGACAUGUAAACAACUUGAUGUGCUUUUUAAAUAUUGGGGAAAGAGCUGUUUUGCCAUUGUGGCUUACACCGUGGAAGCAAUAACCCAGCCAGCUGUUACAUUAACCAAGAAAGCCUCUUGCAUGUAAAAUAAGGGGGGAUGAUAAUGGAGAGAAUUAUGCACCCAAAUCCUGGCAUCUAUCAUGUAACAUGCAUGUGUCUACUCUUAGCAGCCUGUGGCACAUGCAUCAAAUGAGUGGGUGGUAUUCUUAUACACUGAAUCUUCCUAGACACUGUGAUGAGGAAUCCACUGUUAAAUGUUUGGGCGUGGGCAUUUUACUAUUGAUCUGGAGGCAUUCUCUGAUUUAAAAUACAAGAAUAGAGCACAAAAACA